AUGAACAACAAGAUUGUAGUAUUCAUCUGCAUGGUAGGUGUGACAUCCGCCAGCAUCGUAGCGCCAGUGCCCGUGGCGCGCCUGGAUCCUUUCCCUCAAUACUCCUAUGGCUAUGACGUUCAAGAUGCGCUAACCGGUGAUUACAAGGGCCACCAAGAACACAGAAAUGGUGAUUUAGUCACCGGUUCAUACAGCGUUGUCGACCCUGACGGUACCAGGAGGACUGUGGACUAUUCUGCUGAUUCCCUCAACGGUUUCAACGCUGUCGUCCGUCGUGAACCCCUUGUGGUAGCUGCUCCUGCUAGAGUCAUCGCGCCGGCUCCCGUCGUAGCCCCCGCCCCAGUGGUUGCUAGAGCACCUGUCUUUGCCCCAGCACCUGCCCCCUUUUUAGCCCACAGACUACCUUAUUAUUUG